AAACUCACUCAAUCCUCUCUCUCUCUCUCACUCUCUCUCUCUUGCUAAAACAAGACCAAUUAAGAAGGAGCUCUCUUGGCUAGUUGGCUUCACUCUUCUGAGAGAGAACAAACACAAAGAAGCCAUGGCAGCUACUUCAACAGCACCCAGCUCUAGUGGUUGGGCUAAGGCCCAUUUAUCAUCAUCCUCUUCUUCAUCGGUAGUGGAUGUGGGCUUCAUCAACCUGAAGAAGAAGCCCAACAAAAAAAGAGGAAGCUUUAGAAUACACUCUGCUUUACACUCUCCUUCAGUGCUUCAUUUCCCAAAGCAGCCAUACCAACAACCAGUAAUUACCAAACCUGACACCGUCGUUAAGCCCAAGACACAACGACCCACACAGUGGAAUUUACUACAAAGAGCAGCGGCCAUGGCGCUGGACAUGGCUGAAGGCGCGUUGGUCUCACUCGAGCGCCGACACCCACUUCCCAAAACCGCCGACCCACGAGUCCAAAUCGCAGGAAACUUCGCUCCGGUACCGGAACAACCUGUCCGGCGAGAACUCCCGGUCACCGGCACAAUCCCCGAAUGCAUUAACGGCGUUUACCUCCGCAACGGAGCCAACCCUCUGUUCGAACCCGUCGCUGGGCACCACUUCUUCGACGGCGACGGGAUGGUUCACGCCGUCAAGAUCAAUGGCGGCUCCGCCAGCUACGCUUGCCGGUUCACCGAGACGCAGAGGCUGGUCCAAGAGCGAGAACUCGGCCGCCCGGUGUUUCCCAAGCCCAUAGGUGAGCUCCAUGGACACUCCGGCGUCGCACGCCUUCUUUUGUUCUACGCUCGAGGGCUUUUCGGGAUUGUGGAUCACAACAACGGCACCGGAGUCGCCAACGCCGGGUUAGUGUACUUCAACGACCGGGUUCUCGCGAUGUCGGAGGAGGACUUGCCUUAUCAGGUCCGAAUCACUCCCUCCGGAGACCUCGAAACCGUUGGCCGUUACGAUUUCUAUAGCCAGCUCAAUUCCACCAUGAUUGCUCACCCAAAGGUCGACCCAGUUUCCAAGGAGCUUUUUGCUCUCAGCUACGACGUUAUUCAGAAGCCGUACCUCAAGUACUUCAAAUUCUCUCCGGACGGGCAGAAAUACCCUGACGUUGAGAUUCCACUCCCGGUCCCUACCAUGACGCAUGACUUCGCAAUCACGGAGAACUUCGUAGUGAUUCCAGACCAGCAAGUAGUUUUCAAGCUCCAGGAAAUGAUUACAGGUGGCUCUCCGGUGAUUUACGACAAGAAGAAGAAGUCUCGGUUCGGGAUUCUAGCGAAGAAUGCUCGUGAUGCCUCAGAUAUUAUCUGGGUUGAGUCGCCGGAGACUUUUUGCUUCCACUUGUGGAAUGCUUGGGAGGAACCGGAGUCCGACGAGGUAGUAGUGAUUGGGUCAUGCAUGACACCGCCGGACUCAAUUUUCAACGAAUGCGACGAAAGCCUGGAGAGUGUGCUCUCUGAAAUCAGGCUCAAUUUAAAGACCGGCCAGUCUACACGCCGACCAAUCGUCUCAGCCUCUGAACAGGUAAACUUAGAGGCAGGAAUGGUGAACCGAAACAAGCUUGGUAGGAAGACAAGGUACGCUUACCUCGCCAUUGCAGAACCGUGGCCAAAGGUGUCCGGAUUCGCCAAGGUCGAUCUUUCAACUGGGGAACUGAGGAAGUAUGUUUACGGCGAUCGGAGAUAUGGCGGAGAGCCAUGUUUCUUGCCAAGAGACCCCGCCUCAGAAAAUGAAGAUGAUGGGUAUAUUCUUACUUUCGUCCACGACGAGAGGACAUGGAAAUCCGAGCUCCACAUCGUGAACGCCAUGAAUUUACAGCUCGAAGCUUCAGUGAAGCUACCUUCCAGGGUUCCGUACGGUUUUCAUGGCACGUUCGUAGACUCAAAGGACUUAGGAAGUCAGGCAUAGGUGUAAAAGUUUGAGUACAAAAACUAGUACGGAGAAUUUUACCAGAGGGAUGCUCGGAGAUAGGUCCCCGGAUAUAUUCUCCUGGAACAUUUAAUUAAAACCCUAGAACUCUGUUUUUUCUUUUGUUUUCUUUUGUUUUUAACUUUUUUCAUAUAUAUAUAUAUAUAUAUAUAUACUAGUUUUUCAGGACCAGCUCGUAGCUUUUGGCCUGUAGGUAGAUUUCGAGCUCAGCUGGUUUCUGUUUGCUUUUGGAUUCAUUUUCUGUACUAUGAAUGAAGAUCUAUAGAUCUCUAGCUCUUAGAUCUUCCUCUGUUUACUUCUGCUUUGAAUAUAUAUAAUAAAUAUUUGCAUUUUCACACUA